GCCCCCAUCUGUCAGUGGAAAAUUCACAGGUCAGCCUUAAACAGCCACGAAGUCGACAUUGCAUCAGUGUGAAUGUGACAAAUAAUGAAUUCCAUCUACAUGAUCAUCACCUCUCUGGCAGCAGCAGCUCUGGGAAAAGGGUCGUUUGAAUGUAAUUUCUCUGAACCUAAUGCAAGUCCGCAGUGUUUUGGAGCAGUGGGACAGCCAUUGAUUUUUCAUCUGCCAGAUACAGUAGAUAAAGAUAUUAAGUUGACAAAGGACAACAAAAGUCGGAUUUUAAAAGCUGCCAAAAAUCAGAUACAGUCUCUGGAUGAGGAAUAUGUGUAUAAGGAUUAUAACUUCACCAGUGGAACACUCAACCUCAGAAACGCAAUGAAGAGACACUCAGGAAAUUAUGUGUUGGAACAACAUGGACCUGAUGGUGCUUUGCUGAAAAAAGUUCAAGUUCAUCUAGAAAUACAAGCUCCAGUGUCAAAACCAGCUGUGUCUCAGAUGUGUUUGUCACCAGAAGUGAUGAAGGUCAGCUGCUCCUCUGAGGGAGAUGGAGUAGAGUUUAUUUUGACUUUGGACAGUAACUUACUGAUACCAACCGGAGCUCGGAGCACAGAUGAACAACACCAGCCCAGUGUUUCAAACGUUACCAUCAGCUUACACGGUCAACUGAUAGGAAACUUGACGUGUACUGUUCAAAACAAUGUCAGCAGAGAAGAAACAGUUAUCCACCUUACAAGCUGUAAAGGUUCCACUUCUCACCUCUCUCUUGUGACUGUGGCUGCGAUAGCAAGUGCUGCCACGCUGCUUCUGCUUCUCCUUCUCAUUCUGCUUUUGUUUUUUGGUAUCAAAUUUUUAAAUAAGAAAGCAAGACCCAUGAAGGUUAAUAAAGGUAAGAGAAAGAUGUUUUCCCAGUUCCCAUGUCUUAACCUAUCCUCUGUCUCACUGAGGGGUGUACUGAUAUUUAUGAAAAAUGUCGCCAAAUCACUACAUGAAACAUAGUACAGUAUAUAUGGCACAUUCCUGAAAAUAAUUUUGCAUGAAAGCAUGAAAGUCAUGUCUAUUUUGAUAAGUCCUUCCAAUUGUGUUGAAGGACAAAUGAAAGCUGAAACAUUUCAAGCAUCUGUUUUUACUCCUUUCAGACAACGCUGAAGAUGAAAUUGUCUACUCAGAAGUCAAAGUGAGGAAGCUUACAAGAGAAACCAGACCCAAGCCACAUCAAAAUACAACUUAAUUUUCGCCUAAAAAAAUAUUCAUGAAUAAGCCUUAGCCUAAAACUUAAUCUUACCCUAUCAGACCUGGGGUUUUCACAGUCUGAUACUGUUCCUCUUGUAUGGCAAAUUAGCACCAGUUCAAAUGAGAUAUUAGCUGUUCCUGUUUGCAAAGUGCUUGAGCUAUUUAAUUUUUGUCAUGUAUUCAUGCACUUGCUUCUAAAAUGUUAUAUUCUUGUUUUCAUUAGACUUUUUUGUGUGUGACACUGAAGACUUUAAAUCAAAUUAUAUUGAUGCAAUUCAUACAUUCAUGCAUACAUUUUAUGUAACUCUGGAGUUAAAAAAUAAUAAUAACUUGCACUUGCAGACAUAACAUUGUGUGUGCAAUUGAGAUAGUUGUUACCACAGCUACACCCAGUGGACAUUUUAUUUGGUGCACUGUACUGAGAGGUGUUUCAAAAUGUUAUACUUCCUAUUUAUAUAAAUAAGGCAUGCUAAAUAACAGAAACACCUUUCAAGAUAAUUAAGUUCAGCUCAACACUAUCACUGACUAUGGGCUAAAUGCUUAAAUGUAAAUGUAUUAACAUUUUUAUUGGAUAGCAUUAGAGUGUACAGGUGUACCUAAUAAAGUGGCCAUUGACAGUAUAUUGCUCAUAGAAUGUAAUCAGUACAUUUUAUAUGCUCUUGAUUUCUGGGUUACCGUGUUAAAUUGUGUGUUUUUUAAAGCAUUGUUUCACAUACAAGUGCUUUUAUUUUGUUGUUUUAUUUGUUAUGGUUUGUUCCAUAAUUGUGUGACAAUAAAACAUUUUAAAUUUUACACAGAUUUUCAAGGAAACUAUUUAUAUGUUGCAUGUAAUUUCAUUAUUUUCAGUUUUCUUUCAUGUAAAUUUUGACCUAUCAGAUAAAUAGAAAUUUUCCAGUGAGCUGAUCAGUAGCCUG